AUGAUGCCCCAGAGGAAAAGGCGGAGAAAGAAAGACAUUGACUUCAUCGGCCUGUACGAGGAGGAGCUGCGGAACUACGACUCGGAGGGUGACGAGGAGGAGCUGGAGCACGAGUACUACAAGGCCAAAGUGUACGAGGUGGUUGUAGCCACGGGGGAUGUUCGUGGCGCAGGGACAGAUGCCAAUGUCUUCAUCACCAUGUUCGGAGAGAACGGGCUCACUCCCAAGCUCCAGCUCACCAGCAAGAGCAAGUCCGCCUUUGGGAAAGCCAACACUGACGUGUUCCGGGUGAGGACCAACAACGUGGGCCUCCUCUACAAAAUCAGGAUCGAGCAUGACAACACCGGCAAGAGCCCCAGCUGGUACCUAGACCGCGUGAUUGUAACCGACACGAAGCGGCCGCACCUCCGUUACUUCUUCAACUGCAACAGCUGGCUGAGCAAGGUGGAAGGCGACCGCCAGUGGUGCCGGGACCUGUUGGCUAGCUUCAACCCCAUGGACAUACCCCGAGGUAACAAGUACGAACUUAAGGUGUGCACUGGCGACGUCCUUGGUGCAGGAACCGAUGCUGAUGUCUUCAUCAAUAUCUUUGGAGAAUAUGGAGACACAGGGGAGCGCAGGCUGGAAAGUGGAAAGAACAACUUUGAAAAGGGAGCUGAAGACAGGUUCACAGUGGAUGCCCCUGAUCUGGGGCAGCUGAUGAAGAUCACUGUUGGCCACAACAACAAGGGGCGGUCUGCGGGUUGGUUCCUGUCCAAGAUUGCCAUUGAAGAUGUUGGCAACAAAAGAAAAUACGACUUUCCUCUUAACCGCUGGCUGGCCUUGGAUGAAGAUGAUGGCAAAAUCCAAAGAGAUAUCCUAGUGGGUGGAGCAGAGACCACAGCUAUCUCAUACAUUGUCACCGUCUUCACUGGGGAUAUCCCAGGGGCUGGGACCAAAUCCAAAAUCUACUUGGUCAUGUACGGGGCCCGAGGGAAUAAGAACAGUGGGAAAAUCUUCCUGGAGGGUGGUGCAUUUGACCAAGAUCGAACGGACAUCUUCCACAUCGAGCUGGCCCUGCUCCUCAGCCCCCUGAGUCGGGUCUCCAUUGGGCACAGCAACGUUGGCUCCAACAGAGGCUGGUACUGUGAGAAGGUGGUGAUUCUGUGCCCUUUCACCGGCAUCCAGCAGACCUUCCCUUGCAGCAACUGGCUGGAUGAGAAGAAGAUGGAUGGGCUGAUCGAGAGGCAGCUCUACGAGAUGGUGUCUCUCAGGAAGAAGAGGGUGAAAAAAAUUGCUUGGUCCCUGUGGGUCUGGACGACUGACUUGAGAAAAGCUGGUACCAACACUCCCAUCUACAUCCAGAUUUAUGGGCGGAAGGGGCGGACAGAUGAGAUUCUUCUGAACCCCAACAACAAGUGGUUAAGACCGGGCAUAAUCGAGAAGUUUAGGCUUGAGCUCCCGGAUCUUGGCAGGUUUUAUAAGGUUCGUGCAUGGCAUGACAGAAUGUCUCCUGGCUCCGGAUGGCAUUUAGAAAAGAUGACCUUGAUGAACACUCUGACCAAGGACAAAUAUAACUUCAUCUGCAACCGCUGGCUCGAUGCCAACGAGGAUGACAAUGAGAUCGUGAGGGAGAUGGCUGCAGAGGGCCCCGCCGUGCGGAGGAUAAUGGACAUGGCCCGGUACCGUGUGACUGUGUGCACAGGGGAGCUCCAAAAUGCAGGAACAGAUGCCAACGUCUAUCUCUGUCUUUAUGGUGACGUGGGGGACACGGGAGAGCGGCUGCUAUUCAACUGCAGGAAUAACGUCGACAUGUUUUUGAAAGGCAAUGCCGACGAGUUCACCAUCGAGUCCGUCACCAUGCGGAAGGUGAGGCGGGUGCGAAUCAGACACGACGGCCUAGGUGGGAGCAGCGGCUGGUUCCUGGACCGGGUGCUGGUGAGAGAGGAGGGGCAGCCCGAGAGUGACAACGUGGAGUACCCAUGUCUCAGGUGGUUGGACAAAGAUAAGGACGAUGGACAGUUGGUCCGAGAGCUGCUGCCCAGUGACAGCAACGCAACACUGAAGAACUACCGUUACCACAUCAGCCUGAAGACGGGGGACCUGCCUGGGGCAGGCACAGACUCCACAGUGUACAUCAAGCUCUAUGGGGACAAAUACGACACCAUGAAGCAAGACCUUCUCGUCUCUGACAACAACCUGAAAAACUAUUUUGAACGUGGCCGGGUGGACGAGUUCACCCUUGAGACCCUGAACAUUGGGACUAUCAGCCGGGUGGUGAUUGGGCACAAUGGCCUGGGCAAGCGUGCCAGCUGGUUCCUGGGCAGCAUGCAGAUCCGUGUGCCUCGCCAAGGCAAGCAGUAUACCUUUCCUGUCAACCGCUGGCUGGACAAGAACAAGGCUGAUGGGCGCCUGCAGGUGGAGCUCUAUCCCAGUGAGAUCGUGGAGAUCCAGAAAUUGGUCCACUAUGAGGUUGAGGUUUGGACAGGGGAUGUGGGCGGUGCAACCACCACUGCCCGAGUCUACGUGCAGAUCUAUGGCGAGAAAGGCAAGACCGAAGUGCUCUUCCUGUCCAGCCGCUCACGGAUCUUUGAGCGAGCGUCUAAGGACAUUUUCCAGCUCGAGGCGGCUGACGUGGGGGAGGUCUUCAAGAUCCGGCUGGGACACACUGGCGAGGGCUUCUCGCCCAGCUGGUUUGUGGACAUGCUGUGGCUGCGGCACCUGGUGGUACAGGAGGUGGAGCUCACACCCGAGGAGGAGGCCUUGAAGAAGAAGGAGGAGAACAAGCUGCGGCAGCAGCUCAAGAAAGAGUGGCUGAAGGCCAAGCUGCAGAGGAAGAUGAAGAAGAAGAAGAAGAAGGGCAGUGAUGAGGAAGAUGAGGGGGAGGAAGAGGAGGAGUCCUCAUCGGAGGAGUCCUCAUCUGAAGAGGAGGAGGAGGAGGAGACGGAGGAGGAGGAGGAAGAGGAGGAGUUCGGGCCAGGGAUGCAGGAGGUGAUUGAGCAGUACAAGUUUCCUGUCAACCGCUGGCUGGCCUGGGGCAAGGAAGACGGCGAAAUUGUCCUGGAGCUGGCGCCUUCUGGCGGGUCGGGUCCUCAGCUCAACACCUAUGAAGUCCAGGUGAUCACAGGGAAUGUAGCCAAUGCUGGCACCAGUGCCAAUGUCUACGUGACCAUCUACGGGGAGGAGUACGGGGACACGGGUGAGCGGCCGUUGAGGAAGUCAGACAAGAGCAGCAAGUUUCAGCCGGGGCAGACAGACACCUUCAUCGUCAACGCCAUUGACCUGGGGCCCCUGACCAAGAUUCGGAUUCGCCAUGACAACUCAGGCAACAAAGCAGGCUGGUUCCUGGAGAGAGUAGACAUCACCGACACAAACAACGAGACCACGUACUACUUUCCAUGCCAGCGCUGGCUGUCAGUGGAGGAGGAUGAUGGCCAGCUGUCCAGGGAGCUGUUGUCAGUGGAUGAGUCCUAUGUGCUGCCACCGGAGGAGGACGACGAGGGUGGGGGUGGUGGUGACAACAACCCCCUCGACAACAUGGGCCUGGAGCAGAAAGAUAAAUCGACCACAUUCUCAGUGACCAUAAAGACUGGAGACAAGAAGAAUGCGGGUACGGAUGCCAAUGUCUUCAUAACGCUCUUUGGCACAGAAGACGACACUGGAAUGAGCCUCCUGAAAUCCUCCAAGGUCAACAGUGACAAGUUUGAGAGGGACAGCAUCGACAUCUUCACUGUGGAGGCGCUGGGCCUGGGAGAUCUAUGGAAAGUCAGGAUCGGCCAUGACAACUCAGGCAAGGCUCCCGGCUGGUUCCUAGACUGGAUAGAGGUGGACGCCCCGUCUCUUGGAAAGUGCAUGACGUUCCCCUGUGGCCGCUGGCUAGCCAAGAAUGAAGAUGAUGGGGCCAUUGUCAGGGACCUCUUCCAUGAGGAGCUUCAGACGAGGCUGUACACGCCAUUUGUCCCUUACGAGAUCACCCUCUACACCAGUGAUGUCUUUGCUGCUGGGACAAAUGCCAACAUCUUCAUUGUCAUCUAUGGCUGCGAUGGCCUGUGCACCAAGCAGAAAUUUCUAUGCACCAACAAGAGGGAGCAGAAAAUGUUCUUUGAGAGGAAGUCUGCCUCCCGCUUCAUUAUGGAGUUAGAAGACGUGGGAGAAAUCAUUGAAAAAAUCCGGCUCGGCCAUGAUAACACAGGCAUAAACCCCGGGUGGCACUGUGCCUAUGUGGAAAUCCGCAGGCUCCUCCCGGAUAAAGAUGGUACAGAGACUGUGACUUUUGCUUGUGAUCGAUGGCUUGCCACCUCGGAGGAUGACAAGAAGACUAUUCGAGAACUCGUUCCUUUUGACAUCUUCACUGAGAAAUACAUGAAAGAUGGGUCCUUAAGGCAAAUCUACAAGGAAGUGGAGGAGCCACUGGACAUUGUGCUGUACUCGGUGCAGAUCUUCACAGGAAAUGUUCCUGGGGCAGGAACAGAUGCCAAGGUCUACAUCACCAUCUACGGGGACCUGGGAGACACCGGGGAGCGGUACCUCGGCAAGUCAGAGAAUCGCACCAACAAGUUCGAGAGAGGAACGGCCGACACUUUUAUCAUCGAGGCUGCCGACCUGGGCGUCAUCUACAAGAUUAAGCUCCGCCAUGACAACACUAAGUGGUGUGCAGACUGGUACGUGGAGAAGGUGGAGAUCUGGAACGACACCAAUGAGGACGAGUUCCUGUUCCUGUGCGGGCGCUGGCUGUCCCUGAAGAAGGAGGACGGGCGGCUCGAGAGGCUAUUUUAUGAGAAGGAGUACACUGGGGACCGGAGCAGCAACUGCAGCAGCCCCGCUGACUUCUGGGAGCUCGCCAUGAGCUCCAAGAUGGCCGGGGUCGACAUCAACACAGUGACGGGAGUCAUGGCCAGCUACGUUCAGGAUGGCCUGGUCAUUCCCUACUACGUGUCAGUCACCACUGGAAAGCACAAGGAUGCAGCCACUGACAGCCGGGCCUUCGUCAUCCUCAUUGGGGAGGACGAUGAGGUCAGUAAUCGCAUCUGGCUGGACUACCCUGGAGACAAGAAGGGGUUCAGCUGUGGUUCUGUGGAGGAGUUCUACGUUGGAGGCUUGGAUGUAGGCGUCAUCAAGAAGAUAGAGCUGGGCCAUGACGGGGCCUCCCCUGAGAGCUGCUGGCUGGUGGAGGAGCUGAGUCUGGCUGUGCCAACCCAGGGCACCAGGUACACACUGCGCUGCAAUUGCUGGCUCGCCAAGGACCGAGGAGAUGGCUUCACCUCCCGGGUCUUCGACCUCCUGGAUGCUACGGUGGUGAACAUCGGGGUGAAGGAGCUCUACGAAAUGACUGUGUGGACGGGUGACGUGGUCGGCGGUGGCACUGACUCCAACAUCUUUAUGACCCUCUACGGCAUCAACGGAAGCACAGAGGAAGUGCAGCUGGACAAGAAGAAAGCCAGGUUUGAGAGGGAGCAGAAUGACACCUUCCUCAUGGAGAUCCUGGACAUCGCUCCAUUCACCAAGAUGCGGAUCCGAAUUGACGGCCAGGGCAGCCGGCCCGAGUGGUUCCUGGAGAGGGUCCUCCUGAAAAACAUGAACUCUGGAGACCUGACCAUGUUCUACUAUGGAGACUGGCUAUCCCAGCGGCAGGGCAAGAAGACCCUGGUGUGUGAAAUGUGUGCUGUCAUCAAUGGGGAGGAGAUGAUGGAGUGGACUUCCUACACCGUCUCAGUUAAGACCAGCGACAUCCUGGGUGCGGGCACUGAUGCCAACGUGUUCAUCAUCAUCUUUGGGGAGAAUGGGGACAGUGGGACCCUGGCCCUGAAGCAGUCGGCCAACUGGAACAAGUUUGAGCGGAACAACACAGACACAUUCAACUUCUCUGACAUGCUGAGCCUGGGUCACCUCUGCAAGCUGAGGGUCUGGCAUGACAGCAAAGGGAUAUUUCCAGGCUGGCACUUGAGCUACAUUGAUGUGAAGGACAACUCCCGUGAUGAGACCUUUCGCUUCCAAUGUGACUGCUGGCUCUCCAAGACUGAGGGCGACAGACAGACACUCCGCGACUUUGCCUGCGCCAACAAUGAGAUCCAUGAUGAGCUGGAGGAGACCACCUACGAGAUCGUCAUAGAAACAGGCAACGGAGGUGAAACCAGGGAGAACGUCUGGCUCAUCCUGGAGGGCAGAAAGAACCGAUCCAAAGAGUUCCUCGUGGAAAAUUCUUCUAGACAGCGGGCCUUUAGGAAGGGAACCACAGACACAUUUGAGUUCGACAGUGUCUACUUGGGGGACAUCGCCGCCCUCUGUGUGGGCCACCUUGCUAGAAACGACCGGUUCAUUCCCAAGAGAGAGCUGCUCUGGCAUGUCAAGACCAUCACCAUCACCGAGAUGGAGUAUGGCAAUGUGUACUUCUUUAACUGUGACUGCCUCAUCCCCCUCAAGAGGAAGAAGAAGUACUUUAAGGUAUUCGAAGUCACCAAGACAACUGAGAGCUUUGCCAGCAAGGUCCAGAGCCUGGUGCCGGUCAAGUACGAGGUCAUUGUGACGACAGGCUAUGAGCCAGGGGCCGGCACCGAUGCCAACGUCUUUGUGACCAUCUUUGGGGCCAACGGGGACACAGGCAAGCGGGAGCUGAAGCAGAAGAUGAGAAACCUCUUCGAGAGGGGAAGCACCGACCACUUCUUCCUGGAGACGCUGGACCUGGGUGAGCUGCGCAAAGUGCGUGUGGAGCACGACAGCAGCGGCUACUACUCGGGCUGGCUGGUGGACAAGGUGGAGGUCACCAACACCAGCACGGGGGUGGCCACCAUCUUCAAAUGUGGCAGGUGGCUGGACAAGAAGCGGGGAGACGGGCUCACCUGGAGAGAGCUCUUCCCUUCUGUCUGAGGGGCUGGGGUGUCCCCACCUCGCCUUCCCACCCUGCACCUGGGCUUCCGGCCGUCUUUUCCUGAAGCCUCCUGGAGCUGGGACUGGGGACCAGAAGGUGGCACGUGGCACUGUGGACCGGAACUCCACGGCCCUUCAGAGGCCACUCUGGGUGACUCCUAGUGGGUUCUGCCCUUCUCUGUCUCCUGGACCUACAGGAAGCCAUCAGCCUGGGCCGCCGCCUGCAGCUGCACGAAAACAGCUCUUUGCACUUUCUUUUCCAGUAACAGCAGUGACCAGGCUGAGACUUGUUUCUGGUGCAGAUGGGGAACGGGGGAUUCUCCCAGGGCAUCGGAGUGAUGAAGAAGAUGCCAUUGAGAUAGUGUAUUUUAAGCAAAAGUUAAUUAACACUCCCCCCCUCCCAAAGCUGGGCUCAUUAAAUUAUUACCAACCACACUCCACAAAGAACUCAUCUUGACCUCUGCUCACUAAAAAUGCACCCUUUUCCCAGUUUUAAUAAAUCCAGUGCAAACAAAGGAAGACAUCAGGAGGAAGCAUUUGUACCAGGGGGAUUGAUGAGUCUGUGAAAAGGCACGUGAUUCUUUCCCCUACUUCCCAGAGA